GCUUCCGUACGUUUUUGACGUACAUGGAUUACGUAUGCGGAAGUUAAGUUGUAAACAAAAACGGACACUACACUCACUACAUUCAUCUCCUGAGCCAAAAAAGAAACGAAAACGAAACAUGGUCAUAUUUUUGUAGAACGCAGCUUUUUGAGGAUGUUUGGCAGUGGUUGAUGCAGGUGCCGGGUCAUUCCUAUAAGAAGACAUAUUUUGGUGUUGUAGGCCUGCAGAAACGACUAUAGCCAACAUGUCUAGGAAGCAGACGGCGAAACCUGUACGGAGCAACAAGAAGAGUGAACUGGAGCGCAAGAGGGAUGAACGGGCGGCACGCAGGACCAUCGUAAAGGACCGCAAGAACCGGCCUCAGGAUGGCGACGAAGGAGCAGAGUUUAUCAGUUUCUCCAAUCAGCUCCAGGCCCUGGGGCUCAAGCUGAGAGAAGUCCCCGGAGAUGGGAACUGCCUGUUCAGAGCUCUAGGCGACCAGUUGGAGGGUCAGUCCCGGGGUCACCUGCGGCUUCGGCAGGAGACUGUCCAGUAUAUGAUGUCCCAUCGACAAGACUUCGAACCCUUUGUUGAGGACGACGUUCCCUUUACACAGCACUUGUCCAACCUCUCUCAGCCCGGUACAUUCGCUGGGAACGAUGCUAUUGUGGCUUUUGCUCGCGGUCAACAGGUGAAAGUGGUCAUCCAUCAGCUCAACACACCACUGUGGGAGAUAAAUGGCGUAGAGAAGGCGGCAUGCAGAGAGCUGCACAUCGCUUACCGCUAUGGCGAUCAUUAUGACAGCGUGAGGCGGAUUGGAGACAACUCUGAGAUUCCUGCUCAGCUCCGCAUAGAGAAUCUUCAGAAAUCACAAGGCCACCAGCGUGCGUUCGGGGACGGCCAGAGGGACAGACGGAAAAACCCGUCUCCCACAGCCUCAGAGGAGGACAACGUGAUCCUGAGCUCCAUCAGGAAUCGAGGAAUUCACGGCGAUGAGGAGAACCUGCUCCAGCUGAGUGCGGCGACCAUCAACGCGGAAUGGCUCGUCAGCUCCGUGCUGUGCCAGUCCUGCCAGGACCAGAGUGCCUCAGGGUCCUGCUCAGACUGCUGCGCUUCAGCCACAGACUGCAGCGAACACAGACAGCCAGCAGAGGGCAGCAAUGUACAAAAACCAAAGGUAUCUAACAAGCAGAGGAAAGAGCAGCAGCGGCAGGAGAAGAAGAAGCGUCAGGAGGACAGGCAUCGGCAGAAGUUUCUCCAGAGUAAAGGAGGUCCGGACCAGAACCAGAACCUGCCAGAGACUGUAACUUUAGUACCAGCUCUCAACACUCUCAGCAUAUAGACCGGAGCAUGGCCAAAAUGACAUACCGCUACUCUAGCUUCCGGUGGCUGGCGCUGUUUUUGCACAACCCUAUAGUUUCUUUGCAAUCGGUAUAAAGGUGCCUGCAAACUUGUGUGUGAGAGUGAGUGAGUGAGUGAGUGAGUGAGAGAGAUGUGUGUGAGUUGUAAAAGACAGUGAAUGGGCAUGACCUUCAGUGUUGGCAGAAGCUCCACAGAUCCGGUCUACCUACCGCGCUACCUUUCUCCUUCUAUGCUGGACAUCCGGCUUCACACAACAACCACGCAGGCAAUCUGGUGCAGCUGGGCUUAGCAGAGGAUGACGUGCGAUUAAUGAUUGUUAUGCACACUGUGUAAGGAAUGUGGCAAUAAAUGAUGAUUUACUGUU